AUGAAUAGCGUGCUGUCAUCGCUGACGUGGGGCACUUGGGAUGAAGAUGAAUGGGCACUUGUGACCACCGCCGCUCUCAAAGCUGAAGCUGACGAUUCUGCCGGGUGUGUACCUCCGUUUAAAGUGCAGCAAAGUCGACGCAAAUUGCGGAAGAAGGGCUUGCGAGCGCCCAGGAACUCGCAGCUCUGGUUUAAGGAGCUGCUCGAGCGCGUGGAGAGCACCUCAAUUGGUCGUGAGAAGUCCAUUUACCAUUGCAAUCCACUCAAAUGUUUUCACGCGGCCGAAGGUUCCCAAAGUGAGACAGUUAAGUGUAUAUCCUGGGCUGAUUUGCCCGACGGACUCCAUCCACGAAGUGGCAAACUGCCAGCACAGCGGGCAAGGAACAAGCAACAACAAGUCGAUAACUUGGUGGUCUUCUUGCAACACAUACUGCGACCAGGCGAUGUCGUUGUCGAGUUCUGUGCCGGGUCCGGAUAUGUAGCACUGCCGCUUGCUUAUCUCUACCCGCAGUGCACAUUUGUUCUGCUUGAUAUGAAAGAGCCGUCACUCGCUAUCGCCAAAGAUCGCAUUGUUGCUGCCAAGUUGACGAAUGUAGAGACUUUCUGCGGGCUCAUUGCUGAAUACCACAAGCCUUUCGAUGUGGGUAUCGCGUUGCACGCUUGUGGUGAGGCAACUGAUCUCGUGAUGGAGAAAUGUAUAACGGAGCGCGCCGCAUAUGUUCUCGCCCCGUGUUGCGUGGGUAAAGUCAAAUCGAGCAACUUGGCGUACCCACGCUCUGCCACCCUUGCUGCGGAGCUCUCCCGCAUCGAGUACGAAGUACUGGCGAAGGCUGCUGACUUUGGGCAUUCAAGCAGUUCUGCAAUAGCACAGACGGACACAAAUCGUAGACGCCGACGCUGCAAAACGCUCCUCGAAAGUGAUCGCAAUGUGUGCGCUGAAGAAGCGCAGUACAAUACGUUCAUGUUUGUCAUGCACCCGCCAACCGCCACCCCGAAAAACGAUGUUCUUGUUGGGGUCCCGCAUGCUUUUUCCAUCGAAAACCAAACAGCGGAAGUUGCAAAUAGACCGUUCAAGCUUCCGUGUGAAGAUAUGCUGUCGACGGACUCGCUAGUGCGCCAAGCAAUGCUUAGCACAUAA